CGGCCCAAGGUGGGGGAGAGGAGGGCCCGCCCGGCCGGGGCGAAGUGGAGCCCGGUCCCGGCCAGAAGGCGGCUGCGACCUGUGAAGGGACCCGACUGGCGGAGGUGAUCGGAGCCGUCGCCCCUUGAGAGCCGAGCGCUCGGGACCCACCUCGCCCCAGCAAGAACUUGAACUCCGUCUCGACCGAGGCUGGACUUAGGGGGGACUCGCCCGCUGCUUUUUCUUCCCUUUCCCCCCCCCCCCCGCUCGGGCCGCCGGGCCCCGAACCGAGCGCGGCGGCCGGGGGCGAUCGGACCCCCGCAGCCCCCGAAUGGCCCCGGCGGGAGCGGCUGGAGCCCCCCCCGCCGCCGCCGGGCGAGCCGUAGGGGGUCGGCCCCGGGCGAGCUCCGCCGCCGGCGGCACCAUGGCCAAGUGGCUGAACAAGUACUUCAGUUUGGGGAACAACAAGACCAAGAGUCCCCCGCAGCCGCCCCGGCCGGACUACCGCGAGCGGCGCGGCGGCGGCGGCGGCAGCCGGGGGGCGGCGGCCGCCAGCGGGCUGGGGGGCGAGCGGGGCCAGCCGCAGCCGGUCCCCUGCAGCUCGUCGUCGUCGUCGUCCUGCUUCUCCUCGUCCUCCUUCCGCGAGGAGGGCGGCAGCACCAGCGACCUGAUCCGCGCCUACCGCGCCCAGAAGGAGCGCGACUUCGAAGACCCUUACAACGGGCCGGGCUCGUCCCUGCGCAAGCUGCGGGCCAUGUGCCGGCUCGACUACUGCGGGGGCCAGGAAGGCGGCGGCGGCGGCGGGGAGCGGAGCUUCUCGGCCGCCUCCUCCUCGGCCGGCUGCUGCUGCACCUCGGGGGCCGCCGCCGCCGCCUCCUCCUCCUCGUCCUCCUCCUCCCCGCACCUCUUCCGCAGCAACAGCGAGCGGCGGCCCGCCACGCCGCCCGAGGUCAAGUACAUCUCCCCCAAGCACCGGCUCAUCAAGAUCGACAGCGGCGGCGGCGGCGGGGGCUGCGAGGGGGCGGGCGGCGGCGGCAGCAGCAAGAGCAGCUGCAGCAGCGCGGGCAGCGGCAGCGUCCGGACCUGGAGCCCCUCCGCCUGCGGCGCCAAGAAGCUGCUCAACAAGUGCCCCGACGACAGCGGCGCCGCCGCCAAGAAGGACAAGGUUAUCAUAGCAGAUGACUAUUCAGAUCCAUUUGAUGCCAAAAGUGAGCUGAAGAACAAAACCGGAAAAGGAGAGAGCACUGGCUACAUGGAACCAUAUGAAGCCCAGAGAAUAAUGACCGAAUUUCAGAGGCAAGAAAGUGUGAAGUCCCAACAUAAAAGCAUCCAAUUGUACGACACACCUUACGAACCAGAAGGUAAUGGUGUGGAGUCAGACUCAGAAAGCGUGGUCAGUCAGCGUUUACGAGAAAGCAAGUUGCCUCAGGAUGACGACAGGCCCGCGGAUGAAUACGAUCAACCUUGGGAGUGGAAUAAAGUUACGAUUCCAGCAUUAGCAGAGGCAGCCAAGGCACGGAACGUAGCUCAGUGUGUGAGCCAUCGAUCUCCCGGCAAAGGAAAGGAAGCGCUGCAGCUGUGGGCAGCCCAGUUUAAUGGUAAUGAGAAAAGGCAGUCUUCCCCCUCACCUUCCAGAGACAGGCGUCGACAGCUCCGAGCCCCAGGUGGAGGUUUCAAGCCCAUCAAACAUGGGAGCCCAGAAUUCUGUGGAAUCUUAGGAGAAAGAGUUGACCCUACUGUUCCUCUGGAAAAACAAAUAUGGUAUCAUGGAGCGAUCAGUCGGACCGACGCGGAGAACCUAUUACGGUUGUGUAAAGAAUGUAGCUACCUUGUAAGAAAUAGUCAAACAAGCAAGCAUGACUAUUCUCUUUCACUGAAGAGCAGUCAGGGCUUUAUGCACAUGAAAUUGACAAAAACCAAAGAGAAAUACAUUCUGGGUCAGAACAGCCCUCCGUUUGACAGCGUCCCCGAAGUGAUCCACUACUACACCACCAAAAAACUACCAAUUAAAGGAGCAGAACACUUAUCCCUCCUUUACCCCGUGGCUGUCCGAACCCUAUGAGAGGUCUGACCUCGCUCCUUCCUGUGGACGGGAGGGGAUGGACCAGCAACCAAGCAAGAGUCCGUCUUGCUCUGCGAGAUCCGUCCUCCGCGAUGAUGGCCAGGGCUCUGGACGGAUCUUGGAAAUGGAGACUUACUGCCUUUAACCUUUAGAUUUGCUAGCUGUAUAAAAACUAUUGUAGUAUGUAUGGUACUAUUGCACUACUGCAUGUGGUUAGAACUAUGUUUCUAUUUAAGGAGGGGGGGAUCAUAUUUAAAUGUGAUAACAAGGUAAUCCACCCCCACCCCUUUGCCUUUCCUUCUGAGAAUUAAAAUAUUUUCAAAUCCAAAGAUCUGCCUUCAACGGUAAACAAAGCAAAGCAGCUUGGAGCCCCAAGUGAGCUCUGAGGAUUUUUGUUUCUUUGUUCUCCUACUCGUUCACACCUGCAUAUGGUAAAAAUCAUUUUCCACUGGUGCUGUACUCUACACCUUUACCGACCGCAAGAACAAACGCUGAUUCUUUGGUGACCUAGAGAUAGUUGGCACAUUGGCGUGGUUUGGCACACAAGUUCUUGUAACUCUGCCCCUUUUCCUGUGUGCGGGUGCAGUGGGGGGUGGGGGGGGAGUGUGUGUGUGUGUGUGUGUGUGUGUGUGUGUGUGUGUGUGUGUGUGUAUCUGGGGGGGGUGUUUGCACACAGUUUUUUAGGCUGAUCCAACAGAGAAGGCCUUUAUCUGAGGUAAUUAGGAGAUCCUUAACAGAAUCAUUUUGCCUCCUGCAAAAAAAGUUCAAUUAUUUAUGAAUAGGGAAUGUAAAUAAAAUAGUGGUUUAAUAUAUAUAUUUUUUUUGGUACAACAAUAAAUCUCAGAGGGUGACUGUACUCACUCACAGACCAAGUUGGACACGGUGGAUUCUGUUUUCUGUUGUACUAGUGCAAUGUGACCCAUGUUUAGGUUGUGGAACUAAAGUCAUUAGAAGGGGAGGGUUGGGGUUCAGACCUUCAAAAGGCCCUCACUGCUUCCGUUGUUGAUUUUUAUCUUGGCAAGUGUAGGGUAUGGUUUGAUUCCCACUGAGGUAGCCAGCUAACAGUACCCAACUUCCUUUUUGCCUGGGGGUUGGAAAAACCUUUCUUAAAUGGCCUUUGCAGUUCUCCAAGGGAGGUUGAAUAGCAGUAUAGUAUGCGGAAAAUUGUAAAACUGGCUUCUCUGUAGGGCAUCUAAAGGUCAAAGAAGCGUAAGGUUGCGUAAUGGAGUCUGGUCCCCACUUGAAAAGAAAUUAGACCAAUGCAACAACCAAACAGACCAUCCCGGCAUUCCUUUCCGUUACCACUCAGUUCCUGAAAAGAAGCAAAUCGUGAAGUUCUGCUGCCUCAGAAAUCCAAACAUAAGCCUCCUCCUAGUUUCCAAAUGAGGUCUGGCACCACUCGAAACUGUGAUUCACACGUGGGUGUCUGACCUGGUUAAAGAACCCAUCAGUACUGACUAGUUUCUGUUGGUAAUGCUGUGUUUCUUCAUCCGGGAUUGAAGUUGAGAUUUUAUCUUUGCAUACAGGGCAGACCAUGAGAAGGCUGUGAAAAUGUCCAUUGUUAAUUGACACCUUCCUGUCAAUUCUAUCCCCCCUCGCCAAAUAUGCUUAGGGUAUGUGCUGAUUGAAAAAAAUAUAUAUUGGGAUAAUCAUUGCUUGCAGCCCUGGAAAAUCCUGCUCCAUUGUACAACGUGACAAGAACACAGGACCAGACACCAGAGGGUUCCCAAACUAAUACUAAGUAUUCUGUUGCCUGUUUUUCACCCUUUAUCUAUCAAUUCGAAGUUGUUCGAGUUGACUCCGGCACUGACUGGUUGAAAUGUUUAGAGCCGAGUUUUUUAAAUAUACACAGUUGGCUAAAAAUCUUCGCCAAGAAUCAGAGGGGGGUCUUGGUCAGUGGCUGCCACUGUCGGCUGCCACAGAUUUCCCUGGAUCUCAUCCAUCACCGAAGCUGCAGAAGCAUUUUGCUUUCCCCUUCUUGGAAGGAUUGUUGCGUGGUGGCUUUCCGUCCGAAUGAGGAGCUUCCUUUUUAGGAACAAAACCCUUCCCUUUCCGCCCAGCAGUCUCUUCCAUGGGUUGGUUUUUACGCUUUCUUCCUCAAGAUAGACGAGGAUUCCCAGAGAUACCGCUUCUGACUUGAGAACUUGAUCGUUUCUAAUUCAGCUUGCGUGCUUUGGCAAGAGUCGCAGUUAAGUUUCCAAGGAAAAUAAACCUCAACAUUUUGCCCAUUUUGCAUUUUCAGAUACAUUCCAUGAGACAAGAUUACUUUAAGUACUUUAUUUUCGCCUGUAUUUUUUUUUUAUGACGUGCAAGCAAGUUAAGAGUCUGCACUUCCAGAGAGUGAAAUGCCAAGGCAAGGGCAGCCUCCAAAAAGGAAGCUGUUACCAUUCUGUAACGAAUCACUUUUUGUCCUCAGGGGAAUGGGAAGGACUAUAUGCCACAUUAUUAACGGUCCUGUAAGCAGGCGAGUCUGGUCUGACUUGUACAGAUGUGCAUAACACUUUGUAAAGACCCGAUGACAUUUGUACAAACUGAAUUUGUUCCGAAGCAGGGGAUGCACAUCUCCCUGGACAGUGUCGUCAAUGUGGGAUUUUUUUUGCGUGAAAACCUUUCCCCCAAAAUGCUCAGUACACGUGACUUAAAUAAAAACAGGAGUUUGUUUGCACUGUAACUCUGUCUUUGCUUAUUGAAGUGAUUGUAAAUCUCCCCCCUUCCUUCAUAACCGUAAUUUUACCCUUCCCCGCUCCCCUUUCUCCUGCGCCUCAGCUCUGAAAAUGCCCCUUUUUGCUACAGUGGCUAUGUAAUAGGUUGCAGUAUGUGGCAUUGCUUACCAAUGGUAGAAGCAAAUAAUAAUCAUGCCUGCACAGCCCAUUAAAAGUUUUUUGGUUGUUGGGUUGUUGUUUUAUUUUAUGAGCCUCUCCCUCUUCUUCCUCUAAUUGUGGAUGUUUCCUCUUUGUCAGCGUGUAUUCAUAUUUUCUUGAACAGCUAACAAUUGAAGCUAUUAUUCUCUUUCAGAACUGCUCACAUUUGAGUUAUGUGGGCUUUUUUAGGGCUGGCCUGUCAGCAACAGGCAAUGAGAAUAAAUAAUUAAGCUGUAUUUCAUCUAAGGAAAGAAAGUAGUCCCCACCGUAGCGUUUCUAGCAUCUUCAGCUGUCUCCCUGGGAUGGCUUCCUCAAGCUGUUUUAACUUGCUGUAAAAUUGUAUAAAGGGCCAAUGAGGGGGAAGGCAUGGGGGUUGCCCCCUGACAUUACCUUUCUGACAGUACCUUAGUGCUCAGUUGUGAAGGAACAGAUACUCUGCUGUGUAGAGCUUCUCCUAAAUGGAUAAAGCGUAGAGGUUUUCCUAAAUGGAUAAAGUGUAAACGGCCCUGGUGUACCAUCAGAUCGACCAAGAUGCCGUUUUGAAAGGAAGAUGUUGUGGGGUUUCGUUUUUGGAUUUUUUUUGGAGGGGGUGGAGGAUGACAGGCUUGUGGGGAGAAAUCUUUAGCCCACCGAGUCUAAACUAAAAAUAUCCGUGGUGGAGUCAUUAGAGAAAGAUCACAAAGGCUAGAAGUCUUUGUUGUCCCAGACUGCAAUGAGGUCAAACUGGACAGUCAAAUCCUCACCUGGUUUCAAGGUUACUCGAAGAAUGGUGUCUUCUCCUUCCAAAAGGCUUAUCUAAUGCUAUCCUCCCGUGUUGUGUUGGUUUUGCACUUUACAAAAAUGAAAAUAGAUUUUCAAAUACACGGAGAACGAGUGUAAAUUUGAUCCUUCAGAAAGAACCCAAAUGCAGAGCCAACGGAAGACAUCGUUUAAGAACAAAUGUUCAGUAUUUGCCACAGAAUGAAAUGGCACUCUCUGCUUUAAAUUGUUUGGCUGCCUAAUUGAACUGUAACCCGAAGGGUACUCAUUGCUAUGUGGGAAAUGAUCCCGGUUGACUUGCUCCGUAUCCGUUCGGUCCCCUUUCUGGUGGAACGAUAAGCAGAGAAAAAGUAGAUUGAACUGAACUGAACUGCCAAUCUCUUCCCCGAGAGUGGCCUGACUGUAUAGAAGACUCAGUGAAUGCAGUGUCGGGACAUGGGGAGGAGGUUUGUGUAACGGGGCUCUGUAUAUGUGUUUCCUGCAGCUCCGUGGAUGAUUUUGGCCUCUGGGGUUCUCGGAAUACACCCUUCUGCCUUUGAUGUUAACUUACUAAACAACAACAGCAGAGGCAAAAUGGAGAGGUCCUUUCUGAAUAGAACCAAUGAAAGACAUGGCGCUAGUUUAUAAUCAUUGCACCUUCUUCAUGACCUAAACACUGAUGAAAUCUCUCGGGUGAGAUCAGGAGAAAUUUUUCACCUCCAAUACCUUGAGAGCUGUUCUUCCGAAAAUUCUUCCUUGCCGAGCAAUGUGCCAAUCAUAAUCAACUGUUUGUGUGUCACUUAUCAGUAACUACUGUUGUUUGUGUAUUGGGUAUCUACUGUCUUAAUGGUUUAAUGGAGACUUUGAAUGCAAAAUUGUCAUGUUCAAAUUUUGUGUGAUACGAUGUAUAAAGAUGUAUAUUUAAUGUGAAACUUUUAAUAUAAAAGUGUCUUGUUUAAUGCA